UUCACUCAAUCGUUACUGCUUGGCUUACAAACGACACUUCCUUCCGAAUGACGGGAUCCUUCACCUCUAACAAACAUUCGCUCUCUACACCUCUCAUCACUCUCGUGACCACGCCCUUCAUUCACCGUGAACGAAUCCACCACUCCACCAACUCGAUGCGAGCUUCCACGCGGCCUGUGAUGACCACGAUCCUUCGAGGUCCAAUUGGAAGGGCUGCGGUCUGAGCUUCCGACCUUUCUCUGAGCACACGCGGUGCUUACUCGACACUCUUCCCCAAUCGUUUCUACAUCGAACGCAUAUGAGCGAAACCGAGGGCCACUUCAGAAAGAGCUAGCCAAGUCAGAAAGAACUUCGCAACACAGAUCGCGCACAUCAUGAUCACACGGACACGAAUGGCCUUGCUGGUCUUCUUCACCUUUCUAGCAUGCCUCCGAUCAUCGCUUGCGCAAACAAGCCCAGUGUCGACAGAUAAAGACGGAAACAGAUACGUUCAAUACACCGGCGAGGAUGGCCCUGUGCUGCUGGCAGACAAUCGCCGCCCAUCGCUCUACACGGCAGAUUUUGGUGACUGCAUGGGAGGAAGCACCAUCAACGUCACUCGGUUCGAUGCGUCGUACUACAAGGACAACAUGACGGUGCUCUUCCAUCUUGCGGGAGAGACUGGCGUGAAGAGCGAUGUGGUUAUGCUGUACAUUGGAGUCUUUGCGUAUGGCGAGAAUCGAUUCGAUCUCGUCUUUGAUCCGUGUAAUGCGAAUAUUGCAAGCCUGUGUCCGAUGAACGGCACCGUACCGAUCGAAGCAAGUGGAAUCAUUCCAGUAUCGCAGGAAGACGUCGCUGGAAUUCCUCCCAUCGCUCUCUCGAUUCCCGACUUUGAAGGCGAGGCCAUUCUUCGCAUCUUCUCCAACACUACCCGUCAACAAAUCGCAUGCUAUACAGCCGUUGUCACAAACGGCAACUCCUUCAGUCAUCCCGCUGCGGUCGGGUCGGUUCUCGGCAUCUUCACAUUCGUUGCAAUGAUUGCAUCUUUCGCUACGGCAAUCUACGGAACGGCCGUCCCGACGAUGAGACUUCACUACGCUCACUCGCUGUCCGUCGGAGUGGUCUUCGCAGUCUGGCAUCAUAUCUUCUUCACCGGCGCUCUUUCUGUCAACUGGCCGUCCGUCUUGGUGGCAUGGUGGAGCAACUUUGCGUGGAGUGGUGGCAUGAUCUACAGUUCGACCAUGCAGGACAGCAUUAACAAGUUGAUUGGCAACAACAUUGGCAAUACAUCGCAUGUGGGAGCUGCCCAGACUGGUGGAGACAAUACGGAUGUUGGAGGUGGAUUCGACACGAGUCUGCUGUACAAGAGACGAACGCUGGAAGCCCGCCAGGCACCAAUGUCUGGUGGGUCGACUCUCGGCACUGCAGAACAGGGCUACCAUUGGUACGGAGACCCGGUGCCUGAAGGACUGCCUCUGCCUGGAAACUUCUCCGGGUUCGCCGGCACUCUCGGACAAGAAGGCAUUCGGGCGAGCAAUGCUUUCAUGACUGGUUUCCUCUGGUUCAUCAUUCUGUUGGUGAUAUUGAUUGCCGCUGUAAUUGCCUUCAAGUGGUCACUGGAAGGUCUGGUCCGCUAUAAGAAAAUCAAGCAAGACAGACUUCAAUUCUUUCGGGACCACUGGCUCGGCUUCACUGCUGUCAUCACACUGCGCAUUUGCUACAUUGCGUUCUUCGCGAUGUUGUUCCUCAGCAUCUUCCAGUUCUCGUACGAGUCGUCGAGUGGCGUCAAGGCCAUCGCCGGGAUCGUCUUUAUCGUUUUCUUCGCCGGCAUGCUGGGCGUCGCUAGUUACGCAUACUGGUAUCGGAGACAUACCGUGGAUUUUGAAUCUCGUCCACAAUUCGAGCGUAAGACGCUUCUGGGCAAGAUUCCUUGGUUUGGUUUCAAAGACGCACCGCUUCAGCCCAGCCGUGGCGACGCCGUCGCGCAUGAUGGCAACUCAAACAUGGACGAGUCAGCCGCCAAGCCGCGCUUCUGGAAGCGUCUCAGCACAGGACCUGCUCUCGUACAUACCACAGUGAACAGCAUACAUGACGACGAAGACUACACUCGCAAAUUCGGCUGGCUCGCCGCUCGAUUUCGCCGUACACGCUGGUGGUUCUUUGCAUUCUGGCUGUGCUACGAAUUUCUCCGUGCCAUCUUCUAUGGCGGUGCGUCCGGAUUCGCUCGAGCUCAGGUCUUUGGUCUUCUUGUCAUUGAAAUCGUUGCGGCGGGCUUCAUCAUCUGGAUGCGACCAUUUGAAGGCCAGCGACUGAAUCUUCUGGUUGUUUAUGCGUUGAGCUUCAGCAAGGUUAUUACUGUCGGUCUUUCCGCUGCAUUUGACGUGGAGUUCAAUUUGCCACGUAUUGCCACGACGGCACUGGGCAUAAUCAUAAUUGUCGUGCAGGGCAUACUUACCAUCCUCACAAUGAUCGCCAUCGUCGUCGGAUCCGUCAGCUCCUACAUGUCCCUCACCCGAAACCAGGAAGGCGACGACUUCCGGCCGAAAAAGUGGGCGGGCAUCCGCGAGAAGUACUUCAACCACCUGGACAAAUCCGUCAAGGACCUUCCCGGCGAAUCUCGCAAAGACGAAGAUGAAAUUUUCGUAAACGAAGUCAAUCCGUCCACUUUUGACAUCCCGAUCAAUAUCUCGACGACAACUUUGCCUCAACCUUCAGCCACCCCGAUUCCUUCCGGCAGCCGGCCAGCCAGUCGUCCCGUCUCCCGCGCUCCAAGUGUGCGUAGCGUGAGCUCCGGUAAUUUGCCCUUCGGGGCAAGGGCUCAUCGGAUGAGUUGGAGUAUGCGAGACUUUCAACAG